UGCGCAGGGCAGAGGGCAGCCUUGCAGCGCGAUCCUUUGCGUAAAAGGCUUGGAGUAAGUCCCUUGGGACUCCUCCCCACGGAAGGAUCGCGAUCCCCAACUGCAGUGGAGAGACUCCUCCGGCCACCCGUCCCGUAGAGCGCGCGAUGCCGUGCGCACACCUGCGCCAGGUGUCGGAGCGAGCGGGGAAACAGAUGAACAAUACUACGACUCACGCCGUGCCGUCCUUUCCCACCGAGAGAGAGGUCUUGGCAACCAGCAUGACUGCUGCCACUUUGCCGUUCAACCUCUUCCCUCCGGUGGGCUUCAGCGACUUAAUUGUGGGUGACGGAUCUCAGCCAAAGGCUGACCAGAACUACUCUCAGGAUAACCAGCAGCUCUUCCUGACCACUUCGACAGCAAAGGUGGUCUCUGGCCUCUUUGUCUGGACUGCUCUGUUCCUCACUUUCCACCAGAUCUUCUUACACCUGAAAAACUACACCAUUCCCAACGAGCAGCGCUACAUCAUCCGGAUCCUGUUCAUUGUGCCCAUCUAUGCCUUUGACUCCUGGCUGAGCCUCUUGCUGAUUGGCAGCCACCAGUAUUAUGUUUACUUUGACUCCGUGCGGGACUGCUAUGAAGCCUUUGUGAUCUACAGCUUUCUGAGCCUUUGCUUUGAGUACCUCGGCGGAGAGAGCACCAUCAUGGCUGAGAUCCGAGGAAAGCCCAUUGUGUCUAGUUGCUUCUACGGAACGUGUUGCCUGCAGGGGAUGUCCUAUUCCAUUGGCUUCCUCAGAUUUUGCAAGCAGGCAACGCUGCAGUUCUGCAUUGUGAAGCCUCUUAUGGCCAUCAUCACCAUUAUCCUACAAGCUUUUGGGAAAUACAACGACGGAGACUUCAACAUCCACAGUGGCUACCUCUACAUCACCAUCAUCUACAACUUCUCUGUCAGCCUGGCUCUCUACGCACUCUUCCUCUUCUACUUUGCCACCAGGGACCUCUUGCGCCCUUUUGAGCCAGUCCUCAAGUUUCUUACUAUUAAGGCAGUCAUUUUCCUCUCGUUCUGGCAAGGGAUGCUACUGGCUAUCUUGGAGAAAUGCGGGGUGAUCCCGGAGGUUCAGAUCAUUGACGGGAAGGCAGUGGGAGCCGGGACGGUUGCCGCCGGCUACCAGAACUUCAUCAUCUGCAUUGAGAUGCUCUUUGCUGCCAUCGCUCUUCGGUAUGCUUUUACCUGCCAGGUAUACAGGGAGAAGAAAGAGAACGCAACAGCAAACCUUGCUCCAAUGCAGAGCAUCUCCAGUGGGCUGAAGGAGACCAUGAGCCCUCACGACAUUGUCCAGGAUGCCAUCCACAACUUCUCCCCAGCGUACCAACAGUAUACGCAGCAGUCUAUGAAGGAGGCUGAGGCUGGGUUACCUGGACAGAACGGGCAUGUGGAGCCCAAAGCCGACGGCCAACACGGCAAGAGGAGCAAAAACAUUGAGAAAAGAGUGUUGAUCAUCUCGGAUGAUGAGCUCUAAGACUCUGCUGGGGAAACCUCCUCGCCUCCCUCCAGCACAGCGGCUGCCAAUGGAAUUGGACCAUGUCGAAGCAGGCGUUGCUGGUGGAGAGACAGACGGGUCCCUGUCGAUUCUGUCGACCAGCUCUUGCCUCAGGAAGAACUGAAUUGUUGAAAGCUGGUUUCUAGAAACUCGGCAGGCCUUGCUCUCUCCCGUCUAAAUCUGUGCUCAUUCUUUGACCCUUCCCUCCCACUUCUGAGUGUGGUGUGGUGGGGGACGUGAAGCACUCUGGGGCCACGAAGAAGGGAAAUGGCCUUGCGUGCUGGGGAGGCUCUACAGAGUUGCACAGAACACUGCCAGUGUCUUGUCUGACGGUGGGGCAAUGAACCUUCCUUGGUAGGGCUCCACUCAGCAUCUUUUGGCCCAAACUGUCUUGUAGGAAGGAGGGAGGGAGAGAGAGAGAGAGAUCAGGAGUGGACCAAACACAACCUCUCUUUAAAUCCAAUGGGAAUGGGCCCGAUCCCACAGUAGGACUCUGUCAUGCUGGAACAAGUUUAAAAAAAACAAGCCUCGGUGCUUUCAGUGGAUCUUAAAUGUAGCAAGCUACAGCCGGGCUGGGCUUAAUAGCCCUGUUGGCUUGCUCUUUCUCUCAUGCAUUUGGACGUGUGAGGGGGAAGCAUAGGCCCGUUUCCUCCUCCUGCAUUCACUGAACACCUGAAGGGGAGAAAGUGAACAGGGCUCUUGUCUUCAGGAAUUAUGAGGGAGGGGAGAACAGGGGGUGGGGUCACACCCACUCCCAGCUUCCUGAAACGGGGAAAAGGGGACCCCCAAACUAAGGCUUUUUGUGAGUUGCAAUGAAGGUUCAGUGUUGCUAAGUCUUAUAUCUUGGGUGCCGGGAGAUUUUUCUUGUCUAAAAAAGGUGUGGCGUUCACUCAGUCUAAGUUUUGUUUUGUCCAGCGACCACAAGGGGAUGGGGUUGUAGCUUGGUGGUAGAGCAUCUGCUUUGCAUGCAGAAGGACCCCAGGUUCAAUCCCUGGCAGCAUCUCCAGGUAGGGCUGGGAGAGUCUCCUGCCUGCAACCCUGGAGAGCUGCUGCCAGUCAGUGUAGACAAUGCUGAGCGAAAAGGAAUAGAAAUAGAAGGCUUUUGAUGGACGUAGACUUGAAAGCAUUUUUCAUUUCCUGUGUGUGGGUUCAGUUCAAAGUUCAAAAAUACCUGCCACUUUUUUUUAAUGCUGUAGAUGGGGUUGGGUAUCGGAGCUAUGCCUCUCCUCCACCUUGCUGGCAACAUAAAAUGGGUUCCCAGAUGUGGCGGGACUAUGGCUCCCAUCAUCCAUUGUUGCUGGGGAUCAUGGGAGUUGUAGUCAACUACUUGGGAGCCCAGGUGGGGAACAUCAGCUCUAAUCCAACUAAAAUGACAUGGCAGGCCUCCAACUGUGCUAAAAAGGUGAUCUUUUCCAGGCUGCAAAACAGAUGGGAAUUUUUUAGUAACUUCAGCAAAAGGCUGAAGAAUGACUCUCUCCCCUUACACGUUGAUGAUCUUUUUCUGUGUUCUUUUGCAUCGGAGGCUGAGUUGCUCUAACAGGGUUUUCAGCCACUGCGUGAAACCGGGCUUGUCUGUUGGAUGACUAAUGUAUGUUGUACUUCAGCUUCAGCUUUUAGAGUGGUGGCUGUCACUGGGAGUGUAAGAAGUAUAAACCUAAACAUGUUAAAUUAUUUAUAUUAAAAAGAAACACCCACUUUUCUAAUAAAAAUAAUUCCAUU